UCUGCAGACUCGCCGCGCCCCGGGCGCACGGCUAAACUUGCCGGUAGCGCAAUCGAGAAAGAGCCUCGGGUCCCGGGGCUCCCAGGCCCCGGCCGCCCGCAAGGUCUGGCUGCUCGGUGCCCGCGUUGAGUUUCGUUCUCCAGCGGUCAUAAAUAGCUCGGUGUUUGUAAACAAGCGCUGGGGGCACAUUCCCGGCGCUCGGCUCAUUGUUCCCUCCCUUCCUCCCUCACUUCGCGCGGCGGCUGGGGCUGAGGGCUGCCAGAGAGGAGGUGGGGACGUCCGGACUCAAAGUGACAAAAUGCAAGCAUUUCCUUUCCUCCGGCCCUACGUCCACUUCUGACAGCGGGGGGAGAAAAAAAAAAGAAAGAAAGAAAGACAGAAAAAACCCAAACCAAAAGAAAAAAAGAAAAGAAAACCUCUAAGCUGGGUCUGCAGAACGCCCGGGCGACCGCUACCCCACGUUCUCGGGACUCUUGAGCGGAACCUUUUCCAGUCCAGUUCCAGCUCCUCUUCUUGCUCUGGCUUUGACUUUUCUCCUCCGGGAGUCUAGCAGAGAAUCCAGUACUUUUGGCAUCACCCCCACCCCGAAAAAUACUGGCAGACCCCAAUAAUUUCGAGGAAAGUCUUGAAGUCUUUCAUGAGCGGAGCCCUGAGCGAAUUAACUCCGGCAUCUGCCUGCCCUACGUUUAUUCCCGAUUUAUUUCAAGAGUCCGCUUUGGGAAGAGAGGCUGGAAGGGGACGUAAAGCCGGCGGGUUGGGAGCUGCAGCCUGUAUUUGUGUGCAUGUGCUCUGGGUGUGUGGUGUUAGUGCCUGGGCGUGCGAAUUUGUGGAGUGUCUUUCUGCCUCUCCAGUGCGGCCAGAGCUCGCUUCGCGCACCCACCCCUGCCGAGGAGCCUACUUGCUGCAGCCCAAUGCAUUGUGUAAGACGCGACCUGUUAUGGCCACCACUACUUCCGGGUUCUAGCAUUCUGGUCGGAAUCCACCUCUCCGCCUGUGCAACACACACUUUACACACGCACGGCGACUGCAAGCGGGCAGCAUCGAUCGUGGCUCCUUUAAGACAAACUCAGACAGACAUUUUUUUAACCCUCCUCUCUAAUCUCCCUUCAGUGCAGCAGUUGCAAAGAGGGAGAGAGAAAGAGAAAGAGAGCGAGAGAAGAGAGAAACUGAUUAGGAAUUAGGACUGAUUCAAGGAAAGCGGGCGCUAGGGCUUUGUGCAUUUGAAUAUUAACAUUUGAGGUGUUCUGACCAGAAGAAGACAGAGCGGACGAUCAUUCAUUCACCACGUUGACAACCUCGCCUGUGAUUGACAGCUGGAGUGGCAGAAAGCCAUGAGAUUUGGUAGUUGGGUCUGAGGGGCGCUCUUUUUUUUUUCUUUUUCUUUUCUUUUCUUUCUUUUUUUUUAACUGAUUUUUUUUGGGGGGGGAGAGAAGAUCUGCUUUUUUUUUCCCCUCCCACUGCUGUCUUGGUGGAACCAGAGCGCUUUUAUGCUCAGCGACGCGGGCGCCUUGCUUCAGGUCCGGUAGACCGAAGAUCUGGGACCAGUAAUUCACACUGCUGGAGACGCAAAGGGAUUUUUUUGUUAUUGUUGUGCUUUAUUUUUUUUUCCGGGGGAGUUUGCAUAUUUGUUUCUUUUCACACUGGCCUUAAAGAGGAUAUAUUAGAAGUUGAAGUAGGAAGGGAGCCAGAGAGGCCGAUGGCGCAAAGGUACGACGACCUACCCCAUUAUGGGGGCAUGGAUGGAGUAGGCAUCCCCUCCACGAUGUAUGGGGACCCGCAUGCAGCCAGGUCCAUGCAGCCGGUCCACCACCUGAACCACGGGCCUCCUCUGCACUCUCAUCAAUACCCGCACACAGCUCAUACCAACGCCAUGGCCCCCAGCAUGGGUUCCUCGGUCAAUGACGCUUUAAAGAGAGAUAAAGAUGCCAUUUAUGGACACCCCCUCUUCCCUCUCUUAGCACUGAUUUUUGAGAAAUGUGAAUUAGCUACUUGUACCCCCCGCGAGCCGGGGGUGGCGGGCGGGGACGUCUGCUCGUCAGAGUCAUUCAAUGAAGAUAUAGCGGUGUUCGCCAAACAGAUUCGCGCAGAAAAGCCUCUAUUCUCUUCUAAUCCAGAACUGGAUAACUUGAUGAUUCAAGCCAUACAAGUGUUAAGGUUUCAUCUGUUGGAAUUAGAGAAGGUACACGAAUUAUGUGACAAUUUCUGCCACCGGUAUAUUAGCUGUUUGAAAGGGAAAAUGCCUAUCGAUUUGGUGAUAGAUGAUAGAGAAGGAGGAUCAAAAUCAGACAGUGAAGAUGUAACAAGAUCAGCAAAUCUAACUGACCAGCCCUCUUGGAAUAGAGACCAUGAUGACACGGCAUCCACUCGUUCAGGAGGAACCCCGGGCCCUUCCAGCGGUGGCCAUACUUCACACAGUGGGGAUAACAGCAGUGAGCAAGGUGAUGGCUUGGACAACAGUGUAGCUUCCCCCAGCACAGGUGACGAUGAUGACCCUGAUAAGGACAAAAAGCGUCACAAAAAGCGUGGCAUCUUUCCCAAAGUAGCCACCAAUAUCAUGAGGGCGUGGCUGUUCCAGCAUCUAACACACCCUUACCCUUCUGAAGAACAGAAAAAGCAGUUGGCACAAGAUACAGGACUCACCAUCCUUCAAGUGAACAAUUGGUUUAUUAAUGCCCGGAGAAGAAUAGUGCAGCCCAUGAUAGACCAGUCCAACCGAGCAGUCAGCCAAGGGACACCUUAUAACCCUGAUGGACAGCCAAUGGGAGGUUUUGUAAUGGACGGUCAGCAGCACAUGGGCAUCAGAGCACCAGGACCUAUGAGUGGAAUGGGCAUGAAUAUGGGCAUGGAGGGGCAGUGGCACUACAUGUAACCUUCAUCUAGUUAACCAAUCGAAAGCCAGGGGGAAGGCUGCAAAGUAUGCCAGGGGAGUAUGUAGCCCGGGGUGGUCCAAUGGGUGUGAGUAUGGGACAGCCGAGUUAUACCCAAGCCCAGAUGCCCCCCCAUCCUGCUCCGCUGCGUCAUGGGCCCCCCAUGCAUACGUACAUUCCUGGACACCCUCACCACCCCGCAGUGAUGAUGCAUGGAGGACAGCCCCACCCUGGAAUGCCAAUGUCAGCGUCAAGCCCCUCGGUUCUUAACACGGGAGACCCGACAAUGAGUGGACAAGUCAUGGACAUUCACGCUCAGUAGCUUAAGGGAGUAUGCGUUGUCUGCAAUGGUGACUGAUCUCGAAUCAGGCCUUUUCCUGCAAGGACUAUGGAGUUCCAUUCUUGACAUCUACUGUGGACCAAGGAGCAUCCCUAGUUCUUCAUAGGGACUCUUAAAAUGCAGGAGAACCAUCCGAAGUCAACUCGGGGGACAUGCAAAAAUAACUAUAUAAGACAUUAAAAGAACAAAGAGUGAAAUAUUGUAAAUGCUAUUAUACUGUUAUCCAUAUUACGUUGUUUCUUAUAGAUUUUUUAAAAAAAAUGUGAAAUUUUUCCACACUAUGUGUGUUGUUUCCAUAGCUGUUCACUUCCUCCAGAAGCCUCCUUACAUUAAAAAGCCUUACAGUUAUCCUGCAAGGGACAGGAAGGUCUGAUUUGCAGGAUUUUUAGAGCAUUAAAAUAACUAUCAGGCAGAAGAAUCUUUCUUCUUGCCUAGGAUUUCAGCCAUGUGCGUGCGCUCUCUCUCUCUCUCUCUCUCUCUCUCUCUCUCUCUCUCUCUCUCUCUCUCUCUCUCUCUCUNCUCCUCUCUCUCCCUCUUUCUAGCCUGGGGCUUGAAUUUGCAUGUCUAAUUCAUUUACUCACCAUAUUUGAAUUGGCCUGAACAGAUGUAAAUCGGGAAGGAUGGGAAAAACUGCAGUCACCAACAAUGAUUAAUCAGCUGUUGCAGGCAGUGUCUUAAGGAGACUGGUAGGAGGAGGCAUGGAAACCCAAAGGCCGUGUGUGUUUAGAAGCCUAACUGUCACAUCAAGCAUCAUCGUCCCCAUGCAACAACAACCAUCACCUUAUACAUCACUUCCUGUUUUAUGCAGCUCAAAAAACAUAGACUGAAGAUUUAUUUUUAAUAUGUUGACUUUGUUUCUCAGCAAAGCAUUGGUCAUGUGUGUAUUUUUCCAUAGUCCCACCUUGGAGCAUUUAUGUAGACAUUGUAAAUAAAUUUUGUGCAAAAAGGACUGGAAAGAUGAA